CAUGGCGCCGAAUACAGAAACAAAACCCGCCAAAAUUACCACUCUCAAAAUCCUUGGCGCCACUUUUUCCUCCAUAAAAUAUUCACCAUUUACCAUUUACCAUUUACCGCUCCUCCACGCUUCCUGCCAUUUCAAUUCCAAACCUUCCCUACAAAUUUAUAGGUAUUCAAAACCUCUUCCACCCCUUCGUGUUCCGUCUGUUUCCCUUUCAUAGCUUGUGCCCUAACGAUGGACAUGGAGAAGAAGCCUGCCGGAAAAUUGGAAUCGGAAUCGGAACUUCUGACGAAGGUUGCAUCGGCGGUCGGAUCAGAAGUCUCGAAGGUCGACAUUCUCAAAGCUCUAUUUCGAUCGGACAACAACUUCGACGCCGCCAUUAAUCUAUUGCUCCAUCCUCCCCAAGUAACCGCGCAAAAGACUGUGACGCCCACCGGCGGCGCGAGAAUCUCCACUCUUCUGAUAAACUCAUCAACAGCUACCGAAAUAGGCGAAGAAAAACCUACCGAUGCGUUGGUAACAACUCCUGUGAAAAUCGAAGCAGAGAGCGGAGUGGAGAAAUCUCCGACUGAAAAAAGCUCGAUAGAUUUGGUAAAAUCUGAAAUUAGAGUGAAAGAGGAGCCUAAUGUAGAGGCGAAAAGUUUGAUUGCAGUUAAACAGGAAUCGGAGAAGGCUAUGGUGAAUGCACAGCCAUUAACAGCCAGAAAAUUGACAGAAGACGAGUACAGAAGGAUUCAAUCUAGGGUUCAUGGAGCUAAGUCGAAAGCUGAUCAAGAGGAUAAAAAAAUGGCAUUAAGCUGUUUGGUGAUUGAGGAUGGAGACUUCGCCGAAGAGCCAGACUGGUUGUUGGUAGGGCGGACGGUAAUUGCAGGCCUUUCGACUACAAAAGGAAGGAAAUUAGAGAACAAUGAGAUCGUCCAUUUCAGUUUUCCGAGCAGCGAUCCGAGGAGUAAGAGCAGUGGUUUCUUCAUGAGUUCGAAAGCUGCUAAUGCUGCAUCGAGCAUUGUUCGAUUCUCGACAAGAAGAUUCGGAGAGAUUGGUCGUUUGCCGAUGGAAUGGUCGAAAUGUGUCGUCCCUCUUGUGAAUUCUUCGAAGGUGAAAGUUCUCGGUCGAUGUAUAGCUGGGCCGAUUAAUCUGACUUUGAUGCAAGAGAUCAUGUUAUAUGUGAGCUUUUACAUCCAUCGAUCGGUGUUUACAGUUGAGGGCAAUAGGUCGAGCUGGAAGCUCGAGCCUACUAAUAUCGACGCCACGACGUAUCCUCUCUUGACAUUGUUUAAACUGCUGAAACUCAAGUCAUUUCAGAAGGCGGAGUUCACCCCGGAAGAGCUCGAUUCUCGGAAGCGUUCGCUGAAAUUAGAUGGUGAUUUCGACGACACUGCCGGAGUCUUGCCUUCGAUGAAGAGGCAAAAGGGUUGCCAGCAACUUCAAGGGCACGAGAAAGACGAGCAGGCGAUUACUGAAUCAUCAUUGAACAAGCUUGUAGGCGCCGUCGAUAUGUAUAACUUAGAGGAAAUGGAACCUCCGGCGACGCUUACUUGCGACUUGAGGCCCUACCAGAAGCAGGCGCUGCGCUGGAUGUCGGGAUUGGAAGAAGGCGCAAGCGUCGAAGAAACAGAGAAGACUCUUCAUCCUUGCUGGGAAGCUUAUCGCGUCUGCGACGAGCGAGCUUCGACUAUUUACGUCAACGUCUUCUCCGGGGAGGCGAUGACGCAGUUUCCAGCAGCGACGCAGAUGGCUCGAGGAGGGAUUUUGGCGGACGCAAUGGGGCUCGGGAAAACUGUGAUGACGAUCGCGCUGAUCUUGUCGAGAAAAGGCAAAGGCGUUCGAGAAGAUCGAACUGCGCUUGAAGAUUCGACUCGGAAGCCUAAAGCUGGCACCCUCAUCGUCUGCCCGAUGGCUCUACUCGGACAGUGGAAGGAUGAGCUCGAGGCGCAUUCGAAGCAAGACAGCGUAUCGAUCUUCAUUCAUUACGGUGGGGACAGAACCGCCGAUCCUAAGGCGAUAACCGAGCACGACGUGGUCUUGACGACCUAUGGCGUAUUGUCAGCAUCGUAUAAACGUGAUUCGGUCGACAGCAUCUUCCAGAGAGUCGAAUGGCACCGCGUGGUGCUCGACGAAGCCCACACAAUCAAAUCGUCGAAGACUCAGUGCGCUCAAGCUGCGUUUGCGCUAUCCUCGUACUGUCGAUGGUGUCUCACCGGCACUCCCCUUCAGAACAAUCUCGAGGACCUUUACAGCCUUCUUUGUUUCUUGCACGUCGAGCCGUGGUGCAACUGGGCAUGGUGGAACAAACUGAUUCAGAAGCCGUACGAGAAUGGCGAUCUGCGCGGUCUGAAGUUAGUUAAGGCGAUCCUGAGGCCGCUGAUGCUGAGACGUACUAAAGAGUCGAAAGACAAAGACGGGAGGCCUAUCCUCGUUCUCCCGCCUGCGGAUAUCCAAGUCGUCGAAUGCGAGCAAUCUGAAGCCGAGCAUGACUUCUACGACGCCCUUUUCAAGCGAUCCAAGGUUCAAUUCGACCAAUUCGUCGCGCAAGGAAAAGUCCUCCACAACUAUGCCAACAUCCUUGAGCUCCUCCUCCGACUGCGACAAUGCUGCAACCAUCCAUUCCUCGUCAUGAGCCGAGGCGACACACAAACGCACGCAGACUUGAACAAACUCGCCCGAAGGUUCCUCCAGCCGACCUCCUCGGAUCUGACAUCGCAUGCGCCUCCUCGGGCUUAUGUCGACGAAGUCAUGGAAGGUCUGAAGAAUGGCGAGAACACCGAAUGCCCGAUUUGCCUCGAGUCGGCAGACGACCCUGUCCUGACGCCAUGUGCUCAUCGAAUGUGCCGGGAAUGUCUCCUCUCCAGCUGGCAAUCGCCGGCCUCCGGAUUAUGCCCGAUCUGCCGGCAAGUUAUGAAGAAACAGGAACUCAUCACUUGCCCUACCGCAAGCCGUUUCAGAAUCGAUGUUAAUAGCAACUGGAAGGAAUCAUCGAAAGUAUCUAAGCUCAUGGAUUGCCUGGAAUGCAUAAGAGAAUCGAGAUCAGGCGAGAAAAGCAUAGUGUUUAGCCAAUGGACUUCGUUCAUGGAUCUUCUAGAAAUUCCUCUCAAGCAGAGAAACUUCGAGAUCUUAAGAUUCGACGGCAAAUUAUCGCAGAAACAGCGCGAGAAGGUUCUACACGAAUUCGCUGAAUCCAGCACCAAAUCGGUGCUUUUGAUGUCGCUCAAAGCAGGCGGCGUAGGGUUGAAUCUCACCGCAGCUUCUAAUGUCUUCCUAAUGGAUCCAUGGUGGAAUCCGGCGGUGGAGGAGCAAGCGAUCAUGAGAAUCCACCGGAUUGGACAGAAGAGGACUGUUCGUGUGCGACGAUUCAUCGUGAAGGAGACGGUGGAGGAGCGGAUGCAGCAAGUGCAAGCGAGGAAGCAGCGGAUGAUCGCCGGAGCUCUCACCGACGAGGAAGUCCGGUCGGCCAGGAUUGAGGAGCUUAAAAUGCUUUUCCGGUGAACGGCGAAAAAACAAAGGCCAUAGUUUUGAAUGGGCUCAAUUUUGUAUAGCGUUAUGCCUAACUUGGGCCUACUUGAAGCCCAAUAUUGGCCCAGUUUAUGAGCCCAUUAAACUGCAAUUUAUUUGUUGAUUGGUUCUCGUUUUCGAUAUGUUUAUUCAUAAUUUUUUUUUAUUCUUGUACGGAUGUUUUUAUUUUAAAUA